AUGGUGACGACGACGGUGCUAGGCCUCGCUGCCGCUGCCGGCCUGCUCUCGCACUGGCAGCUCUUCCUGCGCGGCGAGUGGGAGCGCCAUACUCCCUCCAUUGCAGCCGUCUACUCCCUCGCGGCCGCCGGCUUGAUUGCUGCCUUCUGGCUCGUCCAGCGUCUGCCGCUGCUCGACUCGCUGUGGACGCUGGCUGCGCUCGCUGCUGUCUAUCUGCUGUCGCUGUUCGCCAGUAUAUCCAUCUACCGGCUCUGCUUCCAUUCGCUCAAGCAGUUCCCAGGGCCUGUUGCAGCCAAACUGUCGGGUUUCUGGUCUGUUGCUUGCGCCCUGCCGCAGUUCAAGUUCCACGAAGCAGUUCAGAGCCUUCAUGCUGAACAUGGCGACUUUGUUCGGAUCCGACCGCGAGAAAUCUCAAUCAACAACGCUGCUGCAGUCCGAGAUAUCCAUGGCCAUGGCUCAGUCUGCCUUAAGGGGCCCUUUUACGAUCUCAAUUACCCGUCCAGGUCGCUCCAGAUGACCAGAGACAAGGCGUUUCACUCGCGAAGACGGCGCACCUGGGACCGCGGGUUCAGUCCAAAAGCAUUGAGCGAGUAUGAGCCUCGUGUGUACCAGCACUGUCUAGAUCUGGUCAAACAGCUCUCCAGACUGGCCGGGACGCCGGUAGACAUCGGCAAGUGGUUCAAGUACUUUGCCUUUGAUGUCAUGGGCGACCUCAGCUUUGGACGGCCCUUCGACAUGCUCACGACCGGCAACCCUCACUUUCUCUUCGGCAUGAUGGAGUCCAGCAAGCCAGUCGUAGGGACGCUCAUCGGUGUCCCCUGGCUCUUUAUUCUCUUCCAGAAGCUGCCUGGCAUCAGCCGUGUGCGCUCAAACUGGAUCUCCUGGUGCGGCGCCCAGGUUCAGGAACGGAUGAAGCUGGGAACUACACGGCCUGACCUGUUUUCUUACAUCCUGGGGAAUGAUCUUAGUGAAGCUACAACCGAUGGAGACCUGACCUAUGACGCCGAAUUGGCCAUCGUAGCUGGAAGCGAGACCACAGCCAUCAAUCUAACGACGAUUCUCUACCUUCUUGCACGGCAUCCAGAGCAGAAACGAGCACUCCAGGCUGAAGUCGACAUGCUGAUACCCACGCUCGACCAGCUCUCACACCUAAAGCUCGCCUCCAGCAGCCUCCUCGAGGGCUGCAUUAACGAAGGCCUGCGCCUCUACCCUCCCGUCCCCAGCGGAGUGCAACGCCUGACCCCUCCGCAGGGAGCAAUGAUUGCAGACAGAUGGAUUCCUGGAGACACGAUCGUCUCGACUCCCACAUACACUCUCCAUCGCGAUAGCAGAUACUUCGUCCAGCCCAACCAUUUCAUCCCCGAAAGAUGGUCAUCCAAGCCCGAACUGAUCAUCCGCAAGGACGCCUUUAGCCCAUUCCUGGCUGGCCGGUACUCUUGUGCCGGCCGUCCGCUAGCCAUGAUGGAGAUGCGCAUGCUGCUCGCCAUGGUGGUUCGGCUGUUCGACUUCAGCUUCCCCAAAGAGAGCCGUGCCGGUGCCGAGAAACUCUACGAUGGCAAGGGCGGAUUCAGAGACUACUUCACGGCUGGUGCCCCGACGGUUCCCCUGGUCUUUACCAAGCGGUCUCUCGAUACCGUAGCCAAUGGGGCCUGA